GCAGCCGGAAGGGGCGGAGCUGAGGUGGCGGCGGCUGAGACGACAGCGGUGGCAGCGGCGACGGCGGCUCUGGAGGCCGCAAUCCCGGUGCUGGCUUCGGCCCCAGCCCCACCAUGGUGACGCUCGCUGAGCUGCUGGUGCUCCUGGCCGCCCUCCUGGCCACGGCCUCGGGCUACUUCGUCAGCAUCGACGCGCAUGCCGAGGAGUGCUUCUUCGAGCGGGUCACCUCGGGCACCAAGAUGGGCCUCAUCUUCGAGGUGGCCGAGGGCGGCUUCCUGGACAUCGACGUGGAGAUUACAGGGCCUGAUAAUAAAGGAAUUUAUAAAGGAGACCGGGAGUCCAGUGGGAAAUACACAUUUGCUGCUCACAUGGAUGGAACAUAUAAGUUCUGUUUUAGCAAUAGGAUGUCCACCAUGACUCCAAAGAUAGUGAUGUUCACCAUUGAUAUUGGGGAGGCCCCCAAAGGACAAGACAUGGAAACAGAAGCUCACCAGAACAAGCUAGAAGAAAUGAUUAAUGAGCUCGCAGUGGCGAUGACAGCUGUAAAGCAUGAACAGGAAUACAUGGAAGUUCGGGAGAGAAUACACAGAGCAAUCAAUGACAACACAAACAGCAGAGUGGUCCUUUGGUCCUUCUUUGAAGCUCUUGUUCUAGUUGCCAUGACAUUGGGACAGAUCUACUACCUGAAGAGAUUUUUUGAAGUCCGGAGGGUUGUUUAAAAAGCCUUUUCCUGAUGAUCCGAAACUCAUAAUUCACUGUUUACCAAACAUCUUGGUCAUAAUAAUGUCAUUAGUUUCUACGUUUUUAUUUUCUAAACUGUACAUUCACAGCUUCUGUUUCUUUGUGAUUAAUAGAUAUUGGGGGAAAACACUUUUUUAGGAAAGUUAUAGUGAAAAUUUGACAUGUGAUUGGCAUUUCAUAUUUCAGUUCUUUCUCCAUAUACAGGUCCUUCCAGAACUCAAACACUGUAAGUGGAAUAUAGGUGUAUAGUCCUUAUUAUAUCUUCUUUCCUUUUGUUUUCAUAGUAAAAUGCAGUUUGUUCAGGAUAGUACUUUACUGAUAGUACUUUACUAAAAAUGACUGCAUUCUUGGGAUCCCUUAUCCUGCAGUUCAAGUCAUUAAAGGUUCAUUUUGUUGAGUCCUUAUCAGAAACAACAAUCUGAAUCUUGACAUUUUCUGUCCAGCCUAAUGGCAGAGCUCUGUGACUAGAGUAUGCUACCAGGUUGGUACUUUUAUAAUUUGUCUAUCUUGUUUUUGCUUUAAAGAUAAGACUUAAACCAACAACCUUUUUCCCCUUUAAACUUUUACUUUGAACCUUAGAACGCAAUCACCUCCACUUAAAAUUGUUGACACAAGCAGCUAAUAACCAUUUUUUGGUUUCUGCCUAACCUUGUAAGAAGUCUCUAUUAAAGCCAAUUCUCUGGGUGUUGCAGUGAACGGUGGUUCUUUUUCUUUCUAUGCUGGCACAUCCACUUUCUCUACUCUUGGCACGGAGGAGGUAUGCAUUCACAUAAUUGGAAAAAUCUGGAUUUCUGAAGCCAAAGGGUUAAAAGCCUCUUGGAUUUCUUUGCAGUGAUAUACAGCCACUAUUUUAUUUUUGAUCAGUGGCAUUUUGGCCACUGUUUAAUUAGUGUACUGAGCAUUACUGUCAGUACUAGGGUGUUUGUUUUUGUUUUUCUUGGGUCUUUCUUUUUUUGGCACAUGUGAAUUUUGUUUUGUAUAAAAUGAAAUGACUUUCUCUUGGCCUCUGAUGAUGGGUUUAAAAUUAAAGGAGCAUCUAGUUUGGUGUGGGGAUGAUCCAGGAUUAUGUUGUGACUGAUGUAUAUUGGUUACUUGUACUUUUGUUUUGGAUCUUUGCAAGGGGAAAACUACAAGUAACGAGUUUUAUAUAAUUAAUUUAAAUUUGUUACAGGUUUUCAUGUUCAGGAUAAACAAUUUUUCAACCUUGGGUGAAAAUACUUGCAACAGUUUUAAGGUGACUGUGUUUUACCUUAGGACAACUGUUGCAUGCCAAUUUGUGUGUGUGUGUGUGAAAACACUUCAAAAUUGAGUUAAAAGAUGUAAAUUUAAAAUUGGUUGUGUAUCUAAUCUGCCCCAGGUCCAGUAAAUAAACAAUUCUUUUUAAAAACA